AUGUCAACUCCAAAUAUUAUGAGUUGUUUAUGGAAAGAAUCUAAAGAUGCUAAACCAUAUGUCAUUAAUGUUCCCAUACCUACAGUACAAGAAGGUCAACUAUUAAUUAGAAUGGAUUAUGCUCCAAUCAAUCCAUCUGAUAUCAAAUUUCUUUUAGGACAAUCUUCUUCAAAUAAACAAUUUCCUUGUGUUCCAGGAUUUGAAGGAUCUGGAACAGUUGUACUUACAGGUGGAGGAAUGACUAGUUGGGGAAUGUCUGGCAAAAGAGUAGCAUUUUACACAAAUCAUCAAUUUGGAACAUAUGGAGAAUAUAGUAUAGCUGAAGCAAAUUUUUGUAUAGAAUUGGAUAAUGAUAUAAAAUCAAAUGAGGCUGCUUGUUCAUUUGUUAAUCCAUUAUCUGUAAUAGGUAUGUUGGAUAUUUGCAAGAAAAAUAAUGUAAAAGCUGUCAUUAACAAUCCAGGGGCAUCUUAAUUAGGAAAAAUGAUGAAUAGACUAUUUAAAGAGAAAAAUAUUAAAGUGAUCAAUAUAAUAAGGAGAGAAGAACAAAAUUAUGAAUUAAGAUAUGAAUGUGAUGCUGAAUUAAUUAUAAAUUAAAAUGAUCCUGAUUUCCUCAAAUAAUUAAAGAUUAUGUGUGAAGCCACUUAGGCAUCUAUAUAUUUUGAUGCUGUUGGAGGAGAAUAAAGUGGAUAGAUUUUAAAUAUUAUGCCCAAAGGAUCCAUAUUGAUGAUAUAUGGAACUCUUAAUAGUUGGUAAAUUGGAGGAAUUUAAGCAAAUGAUUUAUUGAAAGAUAAAAAAUCAAUUUAAGGGUAUUGAAAAAAUCUAAUAUUCUAGAUUCUUUCUGAAUAUAUGGUUAUAAGAGUAAAAUAAAUUAGAAUUAUUGAUGACAUUAAAAAUGUUAAAAAGUUUUAUAAAGUCUUCAUUAAAAACUAAAAUUGUAAAAGAAGUAAAAUAAUUAAAGAUUAUAUUAGUUUCCAUUAGAUUAAUUUUAAGAAGCAAUAGAUUAUUAUAAAUCACAUAUGACAGAUGGAAAAACUUUAAUCAAUUUAAAAAAAACAAUUUAAACGAAAGAUGAAAAUUCAAAUUAAUAGAAAAGCUAUUCUUAAAAUGAAUAAUUCUAAAAUUUAGAAUAAAAUAUUAAAGUACAUUAAUAAUAAUAAUAAUAAUAAUAAUAAUAAUAAUAAUAAUAAUAAUAAUAAUAAUAAUAAUAAUAAUCUAAUAAAACAUAAGAAUAUUAAGAAGAUGAUGAUGAUUCUGAUUCUGAUUCAGGAUUUGGAGAAGGAUUAAAUGAUGUAUUGUCUAACUCAGAGUAAAAGUGA